UCCUGAGGUAAGGAUAUUCAAUUCAAUUAACCAGUGAAGUUUUCGAGUCAAAAUCCAAAAGCUUCGGUCGAAUCUCUCGCUUUCAAUUUGGGAUUUGUUCUUCUUUGUUCAUCCAUGGCUGCCCUUUCUGUUCCGACCCACAUGAAGGCUUGGGUUUACCAUGAAUUCGGCAACACUGCCGAUGUUCUUAAACUGGAUUCCAAUUACCCAGUUCCGCGAAUCAAUGAAAAUCAGUUGCUCAUCAAGGUUGUUGCUGCAUCUUUAAACCCCAUUGAUUACAAGAGAAUUCAUGGAGCUUUGAAAGCCUUCGACUAUUCCCCUCCGUAUGUACCUGGCUAUGAUGUUGCUGGUGUGGUGGUGAAGGUGGGAAGUGAGGUGAAAAAAUUCAAGGUAGGAGAUGAAGUUUAUGGAGAUAUAAACCAUAAAGCCCUUGAUAAGCCAAAAAAUGUUGGCACUUUGGCAGAGUACACUGCCACAGAAGAGAGAGUUUUGGCACUGAAGCCUAAGAAUCUGAGUUUCUUAGAGGCUGCUAGCCUUCCUCUUGCCAUGGAAACUGCCUAUGAAGGUCUUGAACGGGCCGGGUUAUCCGCUGGAAAAUCGAUUAUUGUUUUGGGAGGUGCCGGGGGAGUUGGAGCUUAUGUUAUACAGCUUGCAAAGCAUGUGUUUGGUGCAUCAAAAGUAGUUGCUACAGCAAGCACAUCGAAACAGGAUCUCUUGAGAAGCUUGGGAGCUGAUCAGCCUAUUGAUUACACAAAGGAAAACUUUGAAGACCUUGAUGAAAAAUUUGAUAUAGUCUACGACGCAGUUGGUCAGCCUGAUAAAGCCGUUAAGGCAUUGAAAGAAGGCGGGAAUCUUGUUAGCAUCGCCACACCCGUUCCAGGGUUCCCAGAUGCUUUCUUCCUUCUCACUUCAGAUGCUGUCAUGUUGGAGAAACUAAAUCCUUAUCUGGAAAGUGGGAAGGUGAAACCGAUCAUCGACUCAAAAUCUCCGUUCCCUUUCUCCGACACUCUCGAUGCAUUUGCGUAUCUUGAAACCUCCAGAGCUACUGGAAAAAUUGUGAUUUAUCCAAUCCCUUAAGAGGCAAGUUGUUGAUAAUUAGUAGUUUUGUGCCACAUGUACUGGAAAAUCCCUUGUGUUUGGAAAAAUAAGUUGUGCAAAAUCAUUUGCACACUAUGUUUCUUUCUUUUUCCUCCUGUGUCCACUGCCUCUGUUUUGAUAAUGUACAUUAUUGUGGUAUUGCUUAUUGCUUUGAAGAUUGAAAGAAAGAGAGAUCUUUUUGUCAUUUCAUCAACAGAUAUGAUACCACAAUUUAAUGCAAGAAUGAAAGUGUUGAUGAAGUAUCCUUUUUAUUUUGUAAA